UAACAAAUUGUCGGUUAUAUUUUACUAGUAUCAUAUUUUUUGGGUUGAAAAUGGAUCAUAAUAUUUUGAAGUAUUUUUUGGCUUUACAACUUUUCUUGGUAGCAAUUAAGGGAGAACUAUUUACUCAAGAAGAGAAAGUUAAACUGAAACAAAUCCAUGACGAUUGUGUUAAAGAAACUGGCAUUGACAAGUCUGUAUUGCUUGAAAUUAUCAAAAAGAAAGAAUACCCCGACAAUGAGAAGUUAAAGGAACAUCUUUUAUGUAGUAGCAAGAAACUGAAAUUUAUGACUGAAGAUGGAAAUAUUGACAAAGACUUCAUAUCCAAAACGUUAAUAGCGAAAUUCAAACAGGAAAAAAUAGUGGAUGAUAUAGUCAAAACAUGCGCUGUUACAAAGAGUAAUCUGUUAGAUACUGCAUUUGAAAUGAUCAAAUGUUUCCAUCAAUACGCUCCUGAGGAACUAGAUAUCUUAGAAUUUUUUGAAGCAAAUUAAAUAGCAUUGUAAGAAAAUAUUAAUACCUAUAUAACGCAUUAUGAAAUAAAUUCAAGUUAAAAAGUU